AUGUAUCCGCCUUUUGAUUACUUCGAGCAUCGCCGCGCCUGCGUGAUCAAGCAGCGCCAGCGUGAUGCGCGAUUCGAGUCCCUCCCAGACACAUACAAGGGCCCCCUGACGUCGCAGCAACGGGCCAUUCUCGAUGCGCCGAUUGCGUCUCUCGUCAACGACGUGCACAACGGCACCGUGUCACCUGUCGACAUCCUGCGCACCUAUGGCAAGACAGCCACGGUCGCGCAGCAACGAACCAACUGCGUGACGGAACUACUCCUCCCCGAGGCGGAAUCGUGGGCGAAGAACGACGUGGACCUCAAGGGACCGCUGGCCGGCAUACCUGUGUCGUUGAAGGACAGUAUCGCGGUGGGAGGCUUUGACGUGUCGGUGGGCUAUUCGCGCCACGUCUUCAAGCCGUACCCUGAGGAUGGGAUCAUGGUCAAGCUCCUGAAGCGAGCUGGAGCGAUCCCCCAUGCGAAGACGGCCUUGCCCAUCACCCUCCUUUCCUUCGAAUCGGCCAACGACCUGUGGGGGGUCUGCAAGAAUCCACACAACCCGAAAUACUCGCCUGGCGGCAGCACCGGUGGUGAAGGAGCUCUCCUGGCGCUCAACGGGUCCAGAAUCGGCAUUGGAUCGGACGUGGCAGGCUCGGUCCGCGCGCCUGCGGCGUGGUCGGGCAUCAACUCGCUCCGCUGCAGUACCGGCCGCUGGCCCAAGAUGGGCAUGAACACAUCGAUGCCCGGCCAGGAGGGGAUCCCGUCCGUGUUCUCGCCCAUGGCCCGCACCCUGGAUGACCUGACGUACUUCACCAAAUCGUUCAUCCAGAUGAAACCCUGGGAAGUCGACUACACGGUGCACCCGCUCCCGUGGCGCCAAGAGGUGUACGACGCGACCUCGCAGUCGAAGCGUCUGCGCGUCGGGCUCAUGAGCACCGACGGCGUCUGCCGCCCCUCGCCGGCCAUUGCGCGAGGAGUCGAGCUCACAGCGGACGCCCUGCGCAGCGCUGGCCACGAAGUCGUCAACAUCGCCGUCCCGACGUUCCCAGCGACCGCGACACCCGCUCAGGCUCUGCAGAUCGGAUCCGUGCUGCUCUGUGCCGACGGCGGCAAGACGUACCGCUCGUUCUUCCGCACGGGAGAGUCCAACGACCCCGGCGCAGCCCAGAUAAAUUUCUACAUGUCGCUGCCGCGACCGGUCAAGUAUCUCUGGUAUCUCUGGACGCGCUACGUGAAGCGCGACCCGCUCUGGGCUUCGCUGCUGCGCUACUUCCACCCCCUGUCCGCCGUCGAGCAGUGGAAAUGGGUCGCCAAGCGCGAGGCCUUCCGCGCCACCUGGUUCGACUGGUGGGACGCGCCCGCCCAGCAGUUCGACUUCAUCCUGUGUCCCGCCAACGCCACGCCCGCGCUGCCGCACAAGGCCAUGCACGACGCCUUCUCCAGCUGCGGCUACACCUUCCUGUGGAACCUGCUCGACUACACCGCCGGCAUUGUGCCCGUGACCAAGGUCGACCCCAUCAAGGACCAACUAUCCACAAACUUCAAGCCUGCCAACGGCGUCGAACAGGGCGCCUUCAAGCACUACGACGGCGCCAAGAUGGCCGGCCUGCCCUGUGCCGUGCAGGUCGUGGGCCGCCGCCUCACCGAGGAAAAGGUGCUCGCUUACAUGAAGAUCGUCGAGGACGCGUUGCGCGCCAGCGGCACCGUCUACCAGCAUCUCGACGUCGAGGCCCUGCCGGAACUCCAUGACGUCGAGUCCCAGAAGACUAAAGUCUCCGUGGAUCCGAAGAGGAUCUGGUAA